CCGUACAAAAAUGCUAUACAAACCAUGCUAGCAUAAUAUCCGUUCAUAUAUAUAGAUAUAAUUCUUUCAUCUAUUUAUCUUAUUGGUUUUAUGUUGAAUGUUCUUCCUGACACUACCUGUAGAAGCUGUAUUUAUUUUUUUCUAUAUUCUGUAUAUAUUUUUUCUGUAUUUUGUUUAUGUAUUUAUUUGGGGGACAGUCGCGACAUUUUGGGGGGCAUUGUCCCCCUUUUCCCCGUGAUUAUAUCCGCCCCUGAAUCACAGAAUGAAGAGUUAACUCGGUGCUCUUGUUUUGGUAGGGAAGGGGGCGUGGCCUCAACGUCUGCGCAGGGCGGAGCCAACAGCUGCAACUUUGGAUGAACUUCUUUUGGUCGAAACGAUCCGAAACGCGGUCUGCAGAGCGCAUGGGCGCCGACGAAACCCGAAAGGUCCGGGAGCCGCGGAGGGGUUUUUGUCUUUUACCGCCGCGUGACGAGAUUACCUUCCCGCGUGCCAAGGGGCUCGAGACGAAUAAAUAAAAAGUUGCUGGGUUCCACUUUGGAUUAAGAACUCAGAUCUCUUUUGGCAUGAUUCCAGUGGUUAUUUUGAGGAUUUAAGCUCCUAAGGGUCACCAUCAAAGCAAUUCCUUCCAUCAAGCUUUACCCAGUCAAAGAGCCAAAUGUGAUCCUCGUUUUUUAGCCCAUUGGACAAUGUUAACCCUCGUCUGAACCCAUUCGCACCCAAUCCUCACCUUCUCCCUUCCUAUCUUCGUCAUGACCAGUUUGAAGCGCUCUCAGACGGAACGCUCCGUCGGCGGCUCGGUGCCAGCAACCGACGAGUUCUACACUCGCCGCCUUCGACUGCCCAAUGGAGGCGCUCCGCCGCCCCGCAGCGAGAGCGCUCACAUCUCUUCUUCCUCGACUACCGGCACCAACCCAGGAGUCCCCAAGAUGGGGGUUCGAGCUCGAGUGGCCGACUGGCCCCCCAGGAAAGAUGGAGGAGGCGGGGGAGUUUGGCAUAUCACCGUGGAGACGGACUCCCCCAGCUCUACCAACACUACCAGCUCUUCGGGGUCGGGGAGUGGUGACAGAGAGAGAAUUCUGGGUAGUGGAGGAAGUGGAGGAGGGAUGGGGGGUAGUGGGGGCAGCAGUGGUGGAGGAGGUAGUGUGUCCGCCGUCACAGCCCACAGUAAUCUAUCAGCUAAGCUGGGUCACCUGAUAAGCCCGCAAGAUUCCUCCAUGCUGCGGAACAUCCACAACACGCUCAAGAACAAGAUGCAAAGCAAAGGGAAGGACAACCGCUUCCUGUCGCCAGACGGGUACCUUGGUUCUCCUCGUAAAGGGAUGAGACGCAUCCGCCAGCGCAGUAACAGCGACAUAACCAUCAGCGAGCUGGACGGGGAAGGGAAUGAGGGCUGGUCCUUCUCUGGGUGGACGCCAAUGCAUCGCGAAUAUGGUAGUACUUCGUCUAUAGACAAACACGGGGUGUCAGGAGAGAGCUUUUUUGACAUGCUGAAGGGGUAUCAGUCCCACGAAGCCCCGGAUCAGCGAAGCCCGGCUCCAGAGAGGCUGACAGAACUGCUCACAGUGGCUCCAAUAAAACAAGCUGCCCUGGACCUACCAGAUGGACCCUUAGGUCCAGCCCGAGGAAGUCCUGCCAGUCGGCUAAAGGAACGCGAGAAGCACUUAAAGAGAAGGUCAAAGUCAGAGACAGGUGGAGAGUCCAUAUUUCGAAAGCUGCGAAGUGCUAAAGUGGACGGGGAUACUUCCAGAACCGGCUCUGAUGCCGAAGACGGUGGGAAAGGGGAUGACAGUGGACCCCCGCCCAAACCGUGGGUGUGUCAGAAAGGCUUCGCUCACUUUGAUGUCCAGUCGCUACUUUUCGACCUCAAUGAGGCGGUCCAUAGUCGGCAGUCGGGCGCCAAACGCAAAAACACGACUACCGGCGCCUCAGCUGCCGCCGCCGCAUCAGCUUCAGCGACAUCCUCUCUGUCCUCCAAUCAGAGCGGAGCUUACGGCUCGCCUUGCGGCUCACAAGAAGAGUUGAGCAAAGACAGUUUGGGGAGUGGGAACAGUACCAACCUCGCCCUGGAUCCAGGCGAUGACAAGAGCAACGACUUGGUUCUUAGCUGCCCUUGUUUUAGGAAUGAGAUUGGAGGAGAGGGUGAACGCAACAUCUCUGCUUCGAAACAGCAGGGGAGCAUAGGCAGUGGUGGAAGCUCCAGCAGUUCCUCUGGGAGCACAGAGGAAGGACCUUUGGAUACAACUCUGUCCACUCACUUCACCAACGCUGGGGUGGCUGUGUUGGAGGCUCCCAAGGACGGGCAAAGUCAACAUGCCGACAGGUCCAAAAGAUACCUUAUUGAACACGUUGAUUCUGGCGCCUAUUACUACAGGAAGUACUUCUAUCUACGAGAGCACUGGAACUAUUUGGGGGUGGAUGAGAACCUGGGCCCAGUGGCAGUGAGUCUGAGAAGAGAAAAACUGGAGGAUCACAAAGACCACGGGCAGCAGUACAACUACAGGGUCAUUUUCAGGACAAGUGAGCUCAACACCCUGCGGGGUUCAAUCCUGGAAGAUGCAGUCCCGUCCACAUCCAAGCACGGCCUUGGCCGAGGGCUCCCCCUCAAAGAAGUGCUGGAGUACCUGAUCCCUGAGCUCAACGUUCACUGCCUGCGGCUGGCGCUGAACACUCCGAAAGUCACCGACCAGCUGAUGAAGCUGGAUGAGCAAGGGCUGAGCUUCCAACGGAAAGUGGGGGUGAUGUACUGCAUGGCGGGCCAGAGCAGCGAGGAGGAGAUGUACAACAACGAGGCGGCUGGUCCUGCGCUGGAGGAGUUCCUGCAUCUGCUGGGGGACAGGGUCCGACUCAAAGGCUUCUCGAAAUAUCGAGCUCAGCUGGACACUAAAACUGAUUCAACAGGAACCCACUCUCUGUAUACGACGUACAAGGAUUAUGAGAUCAUGUUCCACGUGUCCACCAUGCUGCCCUACACCCCCAACAAUAAGCAGCAGUUACUCCGGAAGCGCCAUAUUGGAAAUGACAUUGUCACAAUCGUGUUCCAGGAACCCGGCGCUCUCCCUUUCACGCCCAAAAAUAUACGCUCCCACUUCCAGCACGUCUUUGUGAUCGUGCGAGCACACAGCCCGUGUACCGACAACUGCUCCUACAGUGUGGCGGUGACCCGUUCCAAAGAUAUGCCCUCUUUUGGCCCCCCGAUCCCCGAAGACGUCACCUUCCCCAAGUCGUCUGUGUUUCGGGAAUUCCUUCUGACCAAAGUCAUCAACGCCGAGAACGCUGCCCACAAAUCGCACAAGUUCCGAGCCAUGGCCACCCGAACUCGCCAGGAGUACCUGCGGGAUCUGGCUGAGCGCCACACCACAAGCACACCCAUCGAUCCCUCGGGGAAGUUCCCCUUCAUUUCUUUAGCUCACAAGAAGAAAGAGAAGAUUCGACCGUACGAAGGGGCGGAGCUUCGCAGCCUUGGCGCCGUCACCUGGUUGGUUUAUGCCGAGGAUCAAGGGAACGGAGGGGAACUGGAGGGCCUGCUGGCCAUAUCCAACGACUUUCUCAUCCUGUUGGACCAGGACGCCAAAGCUGUGGUGUUCAACUGUGCUACUAAGGACGUGAUUGGCUGGACGCUCAGCAGCCCUGCGUCUUUGAAGAUCUUUUAUGAGCGAGGCGAAAAUCUGUCUCUGAGGAGCGUCAACAAUAACACAGAGGAUUUCAAAGACGUGGUCAAACGCCUGGAGCUCCUCACAAAGGGCUGCGAGACUACAGAGAUGACGCUUCGCCGGAACGGCCUCGGUCAGCUCGGCUUCCAUGUGAACUACGAAGGCAUUGUGGCUGAGGUUGAGCCGUACGGCUAUGCUUGGCAGGCCGGACUGCGCCAGGGGAGCCGCUUGGUGGAAAUCUGCAAAGUCGCCGUCGCGUCCUUAACUCACGAGCAGAUGAUCGACAUGCUGAGGAACUCCAUGACCGUGCGCGUCGUUAUCAUCCCGCCACAUGAUGACGCCACUCCUCGCAGGGGUUGCUCAGAGCUUUAUCGAGCCCCUGUGUCUGAAUACAAGGGCAGCAGCAGCGACAGCGGCUCCUUCGAGUACAAAUUCCCCUUCCGCAGCAACAACAACAAAUGGCAGAGGACAUCCAGCAGCCCCCAGCAGUCGCUGACCGCCUCGCCACAGCCCCACACGCCCAACCGCGCCAUCAGCCUGGGCAGCUCGGUGGGAAAAACCCUGUCAGCGGAGAGGCUGGAGAGGGGAGCCGCCAUCCCACGCAGUGUCAGCAGUGACGGCCGGCCCCUGGACUCCAAGAGGAUGUCUCCAGGCAGUGAGAGCUACAGCCUGGCUUCCUCCCUGGCUUUGGGACGCUCGCCGCACAACCGCAGCUCCCCCAGCAACCUUUCCUGUUCCAGCGAAGCGUCCGGCAGCUCUGCUCACUGGAGACAGAAGUCCAUGCCCGAGCAGUUUGCAGGGAGCCGCCAUUCUCCGCUGUCUUCAGACCGGCGGGAAGGAGCCGGAGAGAGCGGCUCCGGUGGGAAGUCCUCCUCCAGCUGGUCGAGGAUGGAAGACGGAGGAGGAGGAUCUGAACGAGGAUCAACAGAGACUCCGGUUUCCAAGUCUGGUCAGGGCUACUCGGGGGCUCCUCGCAUCCAGCGGCAGGAGCAAGUCAUCCACCUGUCCCCGAAGAAGGGAAGCCAGUCGGACGGCCCGUACUCGGGUCACUCCAGCAGCAACACUCUGUCCAGCACGGCGUCCAGCGGCGGCCACAGCGACAGCGACAAGUGGUACGACAUGGGCACCGGCGGGGGCUCCAGCGGCGACCAGGGCGAGCCGGAACCCAACGGUCUGGGGGGCGGAGGCUACCUGCAGGGGGCUUCGGCCGACAGCGGCAUCGACACCGGCUCCUACGGCGCCUCGCACCACUCCCACCCCCACUCCCACCACGGCAGCACCACCUCGCUGCUGGCGCCCAGCACCAGCAGGGAGAGCAGGGAGCGCUCGGCGUCCCCGUGGCACAGCCCCACCGAGGGGGGGCGCAGGAUGCUGGAGAGGUCGCCCGCCGCCGCCGAGUCACCCGGCCCGCCGGCGGAGAGGAGCAUGGAGGGGGCGGGACGAAGCCCGCCCACUCACCUGCUCGUCAGAGACAGCAGCACCUACAGUCUGAGUGACACGGGGUCCCACUCCAGGCACUCGGGCCACAGUUCUCCCAGAGAGGAGUCGUCCUCCUCCGCCACCUCCCCGUCCUCUCAGUCCUCCGUCUCCCCCGGACCCAAAAGCUUCUACCCUCGCCAGGGAGCUCAGUCCAAGUAUCUGAUUGGCUGGAGGAAGCCCGGAUCCACCAUCAACUCUGUGGACUUCGGAGACACGCGGAAGAAAUCUCCUGAAGAACGUGGAGGGGAGAUGGUUCCAACGCCGGCGGCUCGCCCGUCCCUCAGAGACAUGCAUCUGCCUCAGCCUCACGCCAAGUCGACCAUCGAGGAGGACGUGAAGAGGCACGCCGCUCCAGACAGCCCGCCUCCUCCACGGAAGCACAAGGAGAAGCACGGGCAGAAGUCUCCCCAAACCCAGCCCCUCAGCCGCCGCCGCUCCCUCCACCGCACUCUUUCAGACGAGAGCAUCUACCGCGGCCAGCGCCUGCCCUCGCUGACCGACUCCAUAGUCGAGCCAUCCCACGGCGCCGACGUCCUCUUCAGCUGCUCCACCCUCCCGCGCUCUCCCACCACCCGCGGCGUCCCUCUGCGCCGACCCUCCUACAAACUGGGCGUGAAGCUCCAUGAAUUAACAGGCGACCUGUCGGCGUCUGACACGUCACUGGUGGAUUUGGUGGAGCGCCACCGCGGACCCCUCCCCCAGGAGCUGAUGCCCCUCCCCUCCUCCGACCGGCAAAGUCCUCUGGAGUGGACUCACCUGGUGGAUGUGGCCAACACCUUUGAGAACGAGCGAAACACGCACUACAUCCAGAGGAGUUAUGUGUUCGGGGACUCGAACCACCGGAGCAGCGGAGCGUCCAGCCCGCUGCAGCCUCACAUCGAGCUGCAGGCCGUUCCUCUGUCGCGACCCGCAUCCAGCGAGGGUCACAUCGGGCUGGAGAGAAAGGUGACCAAACUAGAAGCCAUGGUCAAGAUGCUCCAGGAGGACCUGAAGAAGGAGCGAGAGGAGAAGCUCCGCCUCCAGUCCCAGAUCAAGCGGCUCUGGGAGGACAACCAGAGGCUGCAGGAGGAGUCUCAGACGUCCGCCGCCAAGCUAAAGAAGUUCACCGAGUGGGUCUUCAACACCAUCGACAUGAACUGAGUCCCGCCUCCAAACGACGCGCUCGCACACAGGGAAUGGAACCUUCACCCAAAACGCUGGUUCUGCAGCAGAAGGCCGUCUGGGUGACUCGAGAGAUCGCUUCUGCUUCCCUUUUUUGAAAAUUUUGUUCUUCGUUUUGCUAAUAAGUGAACCCGCUCGCCGCCUCCUCCUUCAUCCGUUCCCCCCACAGCUUUUGCUUCUUUUUCUUAAAGCAUUUGGCCUUUUUCGGAUUUUGAUUUCUCCGUUUAUAUUUGAAAAUCAGAACCGGAUGAGAGAAUCUGGAGCCAAACCGCUUUGGUUUCCUACAUUCGUAAAGGGAGCGAUCUCAUUUUUGCAUCGCAGGACGGACGGCGUUCCACCGACGUGCUUUUAUUCUGAAGGAAAACCACUUUUUUUUUUCUUGAUAUGUUUCUAAACUCUUCAGUGUCUCUACACCCUCAAACAGGGGGUUCUGUUUAAAAGCCAUCAGCGAGCAGUGCCAAAAAAAUAAACAAAAAAACAGAAACAUAUCUGAUACGGAGUGCUUUGCUGCAGUUUGGUGUUUCUCAAAAAGAAGGAAUUUUCUCUGGGAAAAGCAGCUCAAAACGGGAAGUUUCUUUACAAGAUGAACGCUGCUCAUCCUUUUCCACUCAGGAGAAAAACAAGGACUCCUCCUCGCCAUCCCGCCGCCGCCUGGAUCACCAGUCGAUUCAAAACAGACACUUUCAGGAUGAACCGUUGGGAUUAUUUUCUUGGUUAAUUUAUUUCCUUGUAUUAUAACUCCGAAUAAUAAGUUGUUCUCUGCGUACAGUACAACCCACAUCAGUGUUUAGUUCCUCAUGCAUUAUUUAAAUGGCUUUCUCAGCUGACUGUAAGCUUUUUAAUUCUGUAUUUCGUUGUGCUUCGUGGUGAGCCAGCCUGCUGUUGUGUUGCUUUCAGUGCCCUCUAGUGGUGACUCGUGGAAGUGUCAUGACCUGUAAAAGUGCUGUACUUUCUUUUCCCCUCCCAUAUUAUCUCAAGCAAUCAGCCGCCAAACGGGAACCCGAAGCCAGCUUUUGAAGACAAUCACAGGUGGAGUUUUUUUUUAAAAAGGGGAGGAGCUAAGGAUAUGGCGGUGUGAAUGUACAUCAGUCUAUCCAGCUGUGCCUCCGGUGGUCAUUUUAGGGACGUGCCUUUGAAAAGCAGCUGGAUGAGAGGAUGAAAGCACACCUGGGACAAGCCGUCAAAACGGAUCCGUGUGCCUUUAGACGGAUGUUUGGAUCGAGAGGUAAAGCACGCCCCCUUUCCCGUUGAAGCUUAUCAUUCAGAAGCCAUCGAAACGCCACUUUAACAGAAACCCUUAAGGCUGGAGAAAAAGGUGAAUGUAAACUAAAGUUCUUCGUUCUGCACGUUUGCAGGGCGGACUCGUGAGUCAGACGCUCGGUUCUGUUUUAAGAAUCUCAAGAAGGUCAAAAGGUCGCGUGUGUUUUUAACCCGAUUCCACUAAGAAAGCAAGCUGCUCGGCGUUAAAGACCCUUUCCUCUCCGUUUAGAUAGAUUGUUUGUAUAGAUUUCUUGGCAGAAGGAUUUUAGAAAUGUUUACGGAAAUGUUUCGGAGCAGAGAAUCGAUGCGGUCUGCCAGAAAUGGCGCUCCGUCAUUUCCUCGUGAACGAACCCCCCUCCAUCGGGAAGCAGGAGGAUUCUGCCAUCGGCGGUUACAGCCCACGAAGGGGGCGGGGCUUCACACUGUUGGAAGAUAUUUUUCUGAAGACCAAUAAUUUUACAAAAAAAAUACCACUGUUUACAUCUCAAAUGCCAUUGUCUUUGUAAAGUGUAAAAGUAUGGAAAAAACAUUUGCAGUGAUUGCAGUAUUAAAGUUUCUGAAAUAAAUAAACGCUGGAUGAGUUUGUUGUGA